CCUGGCUGCAGUGUGAAUUAGACUCUCAUACUCUCCCCUUUACUCGUUCUUCGCCUUCUGCGGUUUAGUUCUCAGACAAAAUGCUGCGUGUGUGCAUAAUGCUGGUCGUGUUGGGUGCCGUCUGCUGCCAGAAGUACCCCGACCCUCUGGUGGACAUUGACUGCACUAACUGGUGUAACCUUAGUAGUACCACCUAUUACUGCUGCGACGAAGACCGUAAUGGUUCAACCGGCAAGUGCCCAGCCACUCCUAUUUCGAAGAAUGAGCUGGACAUCCUCAGCGAUCUGGGUAACCACAACGCCCUCAACUGCAAGUUCGACAGAGAGUGCGAGGUCGGGGAGAAGUGCUGCUACGCCAAGGAAUCUCAGCACUACAGGAUCUGCCGCUUCGCCUUCUAGAGGUCCCUGGGCACGGAGUUCGAAUCCCGCCGACUGGGAAUCUGGUGCGCCUCCAUGACGACCAUCUGGCACGAAUGGAGAUCCUCUAAGCCGAAUCACAUUCAGAUCCAUCGUUGAAUGUUCACACACACACACGCACACGCACAACACACACCCACGCCCA